ACACACAGGAAACUGUUGAGUGUGAAAAACCCAGCAGCGUUCUUGACACACUCAAACCAGUGUGCCUGGCACCGACUAUCAUACCCCGUUCGAAGUCACUUAACUUUUGUCUUGCCAAUUCACCCUCUGAAUGGUACACAUACACAAUCCAUGUCUCAAUUGUCUCAAGGCUUAAAAAUCUUUCUUUAACUACACUGAUUUGUGUAUUUAUCAUGCGACGUCAAUAAGGGAUCAUAGUUUUCACCUGGAUUCACCUUGUCAGUCUGUCAUGGAAAGAGCAGGUGUUCCUAAUUUUUUUGUACACUCUAUAUUGGGCAAUUUAGCCAUUAGGAUUUGUUAUCUGUAAUGGUUGUAGCUAAUGAAGCAUUGUUGCUCAUUAUUGGUAUAGAUAAGUACAAACAUUACUUUCCCAUUCGAGUACUCAAAGGAAAAUAAAGCAUGCGAGUACAUGAACAGUACAAAAUGUUCAAAUGCCCAUCCCUAAUUCUCUGCAGCCUUUGUAGAGAGCAUAUGGUAAUUUCUCAUUCAAAUCUCCUUUUCACAUAACGCCUAUUGUGAAGCAUUAGCAUUGGGGUGACCUUGACUUCUUCUCCCGUGUGCCGCACUAGGUUUGUUUUUGUAAUGCGUUGAUAUUUAUAGUCGUAUUGAGUAGCUCGAAACUGAUCUCCCCGCUCUUAGGCCCACUUACCUCCGGCUCUCUUUGACUGUUAGUCAGUGUUGGUGUGACCUACUGUACACUAUAAUGACCUGGCCCUUAUUUACCCAGCCUUAACAAAGAGCCCGGACAGGGGCCUGCCCGCUUGUCCCAACACAGUAGCCAUAGUGGCUGGGAUCAAAAGGCUCAGAGGGGGUGGGACAGGGAAGGGGAUUACAGCCCUUACAGCCCUCCUUGUUUUUACAGCCCUCCCUUUUUUUCUCUCUCUCUCUCCCUGCGAAAUAAUUAUUAACCUUCUGGUUGUGACCGUUUUUCACCUGUAGUCCAAAAGGUGAAGGACAUCAGGUUAUCCACUUCACCAUGCCACUUUCUCGUCUGUUCUUAUCUUCUUGGGAAUCUCCAUGUUCAGUUUUAUAGAGCAUACGCAAGUAGCUUUAAAAGUAUAGCUUUCUUGUAUAUCCUAGUGUUUUCAUUAUUGUAGAGGUUAGUUGAGCCUGAACUCGGCAAUGGUAUACAGACCAUCUACCUCUGAAACUGACCUCCUGCCUCCUCAAUUUUCUGCCGCCUGUUACACUGUCUGCCAGUGAAGGAUGAUCCCAACUAACUGAAAUGCCUGGCAACUGUAACUAAGGGGCAGGCAUGGCUGGGCUUGGUCAUUGGUCGGAGCAAUGGACUGGGGGCAGAGAGUCAGAGGGAAAGCCAUAUUGGGGGAGGGAGCUAGUUAAUAGAAAAUGGACUGAUAGAUUAGCCUAGUGAUUUCAGAUUAGUAAACUAUCCAAAUGUAGCUCUAAAAACAAGAGGAGAGACAUUAGAGGAGCGAAAGAUAGUAUUGUGGCUGGGUUGGUAAAGGACCUCAGGUGCAGCCCAAAUGGGAGGGGGUAGAGAGAGUGAGAGAUCGGGUGUAUCAGAGGGAGGGGUAGAGCGCGGUUCAGAGGGAACGGGAGAGAGUGAGAGCGAGCAUGUGUGUGUGUGCGUGCAGGGUAAAGAGAGUGAGCGGGAGAACGAGAGCGAAGGGAAAAGGAACUGUAAGCCAGUCACAGCAUCUCUUUCCCACUGCACCAGUUGGUGAGGGACAGCUCCUCUCUCCAAAAGGUUCCUAUUUAAUUAUUUUGUGCUUCACUCCAGGACUGCUUUGCUGAAUGAAAUUGUAUUUCUGUCUCUUCGGUUAUUCGUUUGGCGAAAGCUGAGUUCGGCUGGGGGAAUGGAAAUUAGAGGAGACGCACACAGAGGACAGCAUUGAAACUGGAACUCUCUGUACUGGUGGAGUCGUUUCUCUUUUGCUGUGGCUUGGUUUUUGUAACAAGGAGCAGACGUACUGAGUGGAAGAAAGAGUCAAAAGUCCAGACAGCUGUGCCUCCCCUGAAAAACACCUAAAAAAAAACGUAUUUGAAUGGAACGGGCAUGUAUGUACUAAUAAUAUCAAUAAUGGAAACAAGCGCUUAAGAGGCGAGGCUGACGUAAAGAGCUUUCACCCUAGGCUGUAAACAAGCGGAAUGCAGAUUGAUCCCACAUCCAUCUCAGCCGGCGCCCUGAACAGAAUUUCUAAGGGGAGACAGUCCGAGGAGCUCUGAGACACCCAGAUGUCUUCUACCGGCUCCAGUAUCUAUUGAUCCGAUUGUGUGAGACUCCUGACAACUCCUACAUUCUUUGCCUGAAAAAUCCUCUUUUGCAACCAGCUUUUGCCUCUCAUAACCUGGAGAAUGAAAGUUUCAGAAAAGUGCGUGGAUUGGGAUUCCAGAGACCAAAGCCAGAUUUGUGGCUACACACACACAUAACAGGAUCCAGAUUAUUCUGCGCCUCCUUUGGCUUCUCUCUGAUUGGGGAACAUUGUAAAACAUAAUUCCCCCGGCGCUCUGUGGAACGAGAGCUGUGAUAUUAACCACCGCAGAGAGCCCUGUGUUUGUCUAGCGUGUCUGUGUUUUGAUUCGGACAAUAGCGGGGCGUACAUGGGGUCCAGACACUGACCACGGGACCACUCACUACCCCAAAAUAAGAGGAUGUGCAUACUACAAGACUGAGAAACAAUUGCGGCUUGUCUAACAGCAUUUUGGAACUUUAGAGAGGACUUGAGGUAUGAACCAAACACAAUGGCUAACGGGGAUGUAAUUACUCAUAUGAAUUUGGGGUUUUCCCAGUGGAUCUUUCUCUGACAGUAAACAAGCUAUCUGAAAGUCGAAAUUAUACCGACACGCUAAAUGUUUUAAUACUAUUUUCUCUUAUCUAUAGUCUCAAAAUAGGAGUCACAUGCUCCCGGUCUUAUUUAAUCUGCAGUAGGAUCUGCACCAGAGCGCCCUGCCUGCCUGCCUCAUGUUUCUCCCCCACAUGCCGACUACCCUGCACCUCCUGUGCUUUUUGCCCUUGUGAGGACAACACCUGCUCUCCGUCCCCAGUCUCCCAGUGGCAGCCCUCUUAUGAAUCAGGAGAUGUGGCCGCAGACUGUCAGGGAGAGCAAUGGGGAUCCCUGCCGCCGGGAUAAAUGCCUGGCAUAGCACCGGCAGACCUUUUUCUGUUUUUGGAGGGAAUAUCUUUCUUCUUUCAACAAUUACCCCACUGCCUCUAAGCAUGACUGAUCGAAAAAGUAGAGCCGAGUCGGCAGUCCUGCUUUCCUAUGGGCUGUAUUGAUUUUCGUCAGUCAGUGUUCAUUUGAUUGAGACCCAGCUAUGUGAGAGCCGAGGUGAAAGAGCGAGAGAGGCCAGAACUCCCAUUUGCUGAGGGAGGCUACAGGCAGACAGGUCUUCAGUUACAGUCUAUCUGCAUCGUGGUUGGCACAGCACAAACCUGACCCACCUGGACCGCGCCCAGAACGAUGAACCAAUCAGCAUUGACGACAGACCUGGUUCCCACUGCCAACAGCAGCCUGGUGGGCCCAGACCCCAACCACUCCUGUCCCCUGGGCUGGGGCCAGAACGAGGGCCUGGAGGCCUGUGUCUUGGAGACUGCGGUCAUCGUUCUGCUCACGGUGCUCAUCAUUGCCGGGAACCUGACAGUGAUCUUCGUGUUCCACUGCGCCCCCCUGCUGCACCACUAUACCACUAGCUACUUCAUCCAGACUAUGGCCUACGCCGACCUGCUAGUGGGCCUCAGCUGCCUGGUGCCCACCCUGUCCCUGCUGCACUACCCGGCCAGCGUCCAGGAGCCCAUCACCUGCCAGGUCUUCAGCUACGUCAUCUCGGUGCUCAAGAGCGUCUCAAUGGCCUGUCUGGCCUGCAUCAGCGUGGAUCGCUACCUGGCCAUCACCAAACCCCUGUCCUACAACCAGCUGGUGACGCCGUGCCGGCUCCGCGGUUGCAUCGCCCUCAUCUGGGUCUACUCCAGCCUGGUCUUUCUGCCCUCUUUCUUUGGCUGGGGCAAGCCGGGUUACCACGGGGACAUCUUUGAGUGGUGCGCCCACUCCUGGCCCACCUCGGCGCUCUUCACAGGCUUUGUGGUAUGCCUACUGUACGCGCCCGCGGCCCUGGUAGUCUGCUUCACCUACUUCCACAUCUUCCGCAUCUGCCAGCAGCACAACCGGGAGAUCAGUGAGAGGCGAGCACGCUUCCCCAGCCAGGAGAUGGAGGCUGGGGAGGGUGGUGGCAGUGGCAGCGGCGGGGGGCACCACGCGGGUCAAGGGCCUGACAGGCGCUACGCCAUGGUGCUAUUCCGCAUCACCAGCGUCUUCUACAUGCUUUGGCUGCCCUACAUAAUAUAUUUCCUGUUGGAGAGCUCCCACGUGCUGGACAGUCCCGCCCUGUCCUUUGUAACAACCUGGUUGGCCAUCAGCAACAGCUUCUGCAACUGCGUCAUCUACAGCCUGUCCAACAGUGUGUUCCGCCUGGGCAUGCGCCGCCUCUCGCAGACACUCUGCUCUUUCAGCCACUGUGCAGCCGACGACAGGGACUUUGGCGAACCCAAGCCCAGGAAGAGGCCAAAGUCCUGCUCCAUCUGAGGCGUUGGAGGAUAUUGUUAGAAAAGCAGCGAAUUUCAAAGGUUACAUCUUUACAAAGCUGCUGAACAUUUAUUUGACAGGGCUGUCCCACAGAGAGAGAAUUUAGGCUCAGACGGUUUGUUUUGAAGGAUACCAAUGACUUUUGCCACAGUCAUGCCAAGCCAUGAUUUACAGGCAAACGUUAGAUUGCUGAGAGAGGCUACGUUGUUUUAAAGGUUUACUUUCUGAACAACUAAAUGGAUGAGAGAUUGGUACUACAUUUUGGCUUUAAACCUGUGUAGUGGAGUUUAGCUGGUAACCUACUGUAUGUGCAUCCUUAUGUAAAACCUAAUUUGACCAUGGUUCUCAGGCUUUGAUGUUACAUUUUUUUGUUCCUCGACAGUCGGGUAAAGUGCUUAUAAAAAUACAAAGUUAGAGGUCCUCAAAAUGGAUAAGCACUUUCCUCAAACAUUGAUGGUGACCUCAUGAUUUAAGCAUCCCUGAUUUCAAGGUAAUAUGGACUAAAGUGUAUUGAAUUUAAAUACCAAUAUUGGACUGCUACUAUAGGUCUGUGUUCUUGGUGGGCACUCAAAGGCUGAAUUAGCAUAGACAACAUCAACAUGUAAUCCUCAUUUGCAUACACUCCCUUUUAGGAGUUGACAUGGGGUAUGUGUGUGCAAAUGGCUGACUAUUUACUUACUGUACAUACUCCUGGACAAUGGUGUAAAUAACAGCAGAUGGGCUAGUGGCCUUGACCUGUUAUGACAAACAAAAGUUUUGCGGUGUUUGCAGGUCUGUUAGCAAGCAGUCCGAGUGUUCAAAGACUUUCGGUCAGUCCUAAACAGAGAGAUGGGGCACUCAAUUUGAUGAGUUACUCAAUCUCCUAAAAAAAAAUAUAUAAAAAAAAACACACUAAUGAUUUAGUUUUAUUAGAUAUUUCUAUAUUUUCACGUGUACUAUUUCUUUAAGAAUAAAUCUUUGUCAAUGCUUCCUAUACAGUAGCUGUUUAGGAAGCAGAUCGAGGGAUGGGUUCUGUCCACUAAUGCAUACAUCUCUCUCUUAAUCUUUGGUUGAGUUCAGAAAAAUCUGCUUCACUCUACUUAAGGAUCAGCGUCAUAUGUAUGACUCUGUUCCCUCUGCUUUUCCACGCUAAGUGCAGAGACUGUUCCCUUUUUAGGGCCUUAUUGUACAAAAUACAGUGGGCAUGUGCAGUAAAUGCACCAUGAAGACUGCCUUUAGUUAUGUAUUAUACUGUUUGAUACAGCGCAGGUGAAGUCAUUCCAAGUUUUUCUUGUACAUUCCCAGAAUGGUCCGUUUUUUUUAUAGAUAAUGUAGAAAAAUACAUAAAGUGCACAUUUUCAGUGAUACCCAAGACUAUUGUGAAAUCCCUCUCUAUUCUUAUGGUGUAGGCCAUUUGAAGUUAGACCUGUGUUGUCAAUGUGUAUUUGACCGUGUGGGAAAAACAAGCAACACGGCUAACUGAACCCUCGAUAUCAUGACUGUUUUUUUUUUGUUCAACAUUAUGCUACUUAACCUGUGUAGUCAUUCCCCGCUUUCCAUUACAGAUGGUUCUGUAUAUUUUUUUAUUUUUUUAUUUUACCUUUAUUUAACCAGGCAAGUCAGUUAAGAACAAAUUCUUAUUUUCAAUGACGGCCUGGGAACAGUGGGUUAACUGCCUGUUCAGGGGCAGAACGACAGAUUUGUACCUUGUCAGCUCGGGGGUUUGAACUCGCAACCUUCCGGUUACUAGUCCAACGCUCUAACCACUAGGCUACAAUAUGUGCCUAAAGAUAUAUUUUUCUGGAAAAGAUAUCACAGAGAUUUACUUUCUGUUCAUCUAUACACAGGGACACAGUUCUGGCUGCAUGCAAUUUGCGUUUUGUAACGUGACCUUCAUUUGACUUGACUGAAGAUCCAUCAUGCUUACAUUUGCCGAUACAGUUGGACCAUCUCGUUUCAGCACUUUUCAUGAGCUUAUGAUGAGGUCAGAAGCUUUAAUAUUUGUAGCGCGAUUCAUUAUAAUUUUAGGGGGCAUAUAUAAUCAUAGGGGUUCUGAAUUCUGCCGCAAAAGACUUUUAAAAAAACAUACCCUCCCCAAUGGUUGCUUGAUGUCUGAGAUGACAUCUUCACAUUACUGUAUUUGAUUUAUUUUAUCUUGUGUGAGGUGCAUUUAAAAACAAAAUGUAAUCAAAUGGACCAUAUACAGUGGGGUCUGAAAGUAUUGCCACCCUUGAUAAAGAUGAGCAAAAAAUGACUAUAGAAGGAAUAAUUCAAAUACUGAGCUAUAUUGGAUGCUCAACAGCAAUGGGGACAACAUAUUAUUUUAUAAGACUGAGAUGUCCAUUACAAAAAGUUGAUUUAGUGGCAAAUUAUUUAUUUUGGGGGUGAUUUUGAUGUGUGCUUGGGGUUAUUGUGUUGAUGGAAGAUCCGUUUGCAGCCAAGUUUCAGCCUCCUGGCAGAGGCAAUUAGGUUUUUUGCCAAAAUGUCCUGGUGCCGGAUAAAGUUCAUGAUGAUUUUGACCUUAACAAGGGCCCCAGGACCAGUGAAAGCAAAAUAGACCAUAACAUCAAAGAUCCACCACCUUAUUUUACAGUAGGUAGUGCUGAGUGAUUAGUGCUUUUUGAGGUCGGUUGUGUUCCAAUUAUUUUAAAAAGUCAUCACAGUUUUCAAAUAUUUUUUUUAGACAAAUGCGCAAUGCAUUGUGGGUUGAAUGAUGUAACAAAGCAGAAUAAAACAAAAAGUCCCAUGAUGGUAGUGACUGCCCGUUAAUGCUUAUCACUUAUUAACCAUUUUAUUCAAAUUACUUUAAUAAAAUAAUUCAGUUGUGUAUAUUACAUUUGUUUUAUUUGUUGACUUUAUUAUUUCAUUCCAAGUCAUCAUCUCAUCUCUAAAGAGCUGCUGCCUGACAAAUCACUAUUUUAGUAGUAAUUCAAAUUAAACAAGGCAUACUUUUUAUGACUGCUGAAUACCAACUAUCAAUCACUUAGAUCAUGUAUUUUCAGGUAGAGAUACAUGCAUCUUUCCCUCUUGAUCGCACGUUCUGUGUUCACCCCAUCUCCGUGUCUGCUCCACAUAGACCAGACAAGUAGGCAUGCACGGAAUUGAUUAUGGUAAUUGUAGUUAAUUACCACGUUUAAACUAUGUAGAAUAUUUGCCUGUUUGAACAAAAUGGAAUUCAAAUAAUUGAACCGACGUUGGUCAAUUAGUUGUUUAGAAAACGAAAAAUAAUCAACAUUUUAGUUUAUCGCGCAGCAUAUUAGUUAUAGGGUUAUUUUCUGCUUAUGCAUUCUCAUUUCGACACCAAACCCACCAAUGGUGUCCGAGGUCAAAGAGCAAUGUUUUCAUCUGACCAAAGCACUGGUUCCAAUCCAACUGCCAAUGCCAUUUAGCAAACUCCAGGUGUUUUACAUUUGUUGGAUGACAUGAAAAUAGAGCUCUUUAGCCACACACACACCAAUGGUGGGUUUGGCGUCUAAAUGAGAAUACAUAAGCAGAAAAUAACCCCAUACCUACUGUAAAAUAUGGGGGUGGAUCUUUGAUGUUAUGGGGUUAUUUUGCUUCCAGUGGUCCUGGGGCCCUUGUUAAGGUCAAAGACAGGAGCCAGAAAUUUGACAGCAAAUGGAUCUUCCAGCAAGAAAAUAACCACAGGCACAUAUCAAAAACCACAAAGAAAUGUUUAAUUGGCCUCAAAAUCAACAUUUUGCAAUGGCCACAUGGAUACUCCCCCAAAGAAAUCUUAUGGAAGUUUGUUCUGAAGUGUCUGUCCUAUAUCUGAGAUUUUUAUAUAUAUAUACACACACAAUUUUUUACCUUUAUUUAACUAGGCAAGUCAGUUAAG